CACCGUUCCUGGGAAUACCUAAUUCGAAAACAUGACUCGAGCUGUUGGGCCCCCCUACAGUUCCUCCUAUGUGGACGCUCAAGUUCUCACUCCAAGGAGAAGCUCUUCUUUUCCCAUCUCCUCUUCUUCUGUCGCGCCGUGUCACUGGCACGUCCAUCCUGGCACUCACUUCAUCAUGGCGGCCAUUUGGCAGGGAACCACAAAAAGAGAAUGAUGGAUCUGAAGAGGACAACGAACCAUUGACAUUGACAAUAGCAUGACGUGUCAAUCUCCUAUACAAAAGAAGUUACAAGAGGCGAUCAGCAAACUCAUCAGCGACAUCUUUCCCUACAGCAUUUCUGAUCAGGGGUAUUUACGUACACUCUUGUGUAUUUACGCUCGAGUGUAUCCGCCUCGCGAAAAACGCCGAGGUUAUCCCCUUCGAGACCAAACAGCUGGUUUUCUCUUUAAAAGUAUCAAGAAGGGAUACUAGGAUACGCUGAUAUGAUCCCGAUAGCCUGAGGUUUAUUCACUUCUGAUUUCUCAGUGCGCUAAUAAUGGAGUGCCUGUCGAGAGUCGGUUGAGCCGAGCUGAGUACCUCGUCGUAGCGUAGUGUACUGCCCCCCCCCUCCAGGCUCAAGGUCCGGUGUAUCAAAGUUGCAAGUCGGAUUUGUAUUAGAGGGGGUCAGUCAGUCAUCUCGCCAGUAAGUCGUCUUGUACCUUGCCAGAUUUCGCCAAAGUUUGAUCGUGUGAUCGGAUUGACGGUGUUGUCGAGCGAAUGGAUGAUGACGCGUUCUUUCUGGGUGUUUUAUUUGCUGUCUGGUAUGUAGCUUCUAUAUAUACUCCUCCCGGUUACUUUGACAUGAUGUACUGUUUCUCCGUGCGACUCCCCUCAAAUGUGAUGCUUUUUUAUUUUUAUUUUCUCAAGUGAUAACUUGAAGUAUGGUUUAAUGACGACCGCAACUCAUCUU